GAGUUUCAUGGGAUGGAGUAAUGAAGCAGAAGAUGAAAAUGUCUUAACUAGACUUAUUUGUUUUAGCGAUGCUGUUACUGUCUUAAACUCACCUCAGGACCAUGUAUUUGGUGACCGUAAUACUACCUACGAACUAGCCAUUCACAAAAAAGAUGUUUUGGUGAAGGAGCUAUUGACG